AUGUCAGAAGUGAAGGACCAGGGAAAGCAAGCCGCCGAACCCGGUGGCGACAAAGCAAAGAUCGAGACAACGCGUCUCAAGAAGAGGAUCCAGAAGCACUACAACGUGACUUCAGACCUGUUUCUCAAAGUAUGGGGAGAACACAUCCACCAGGGCUACUACAAGUCGCCAACAGACACCGAUGCGCAGGCGCAGAUCAACCAAGUCCUACGUCUGGUCGAGUCGUCGGGAGUGACCGCCGGCUCCAGAAUCCUGGACGUCGGGUGCGGCAUUGGCGGCACCGCCAGGUAUCUCGCCCGUGAGCUGGGCUGCAAGGUGACGGGCAUCACCAACAGCGAGCGCCAGGUGGAGAUCGCACGGCGGCUGAUGGCAGAUGAGGUGGCCAAGCUGGGGUCCCCGUCAUCGUCGCCGCCGAGCACGGACUUUGUGCAGUACCCCUCCCCAGCCAGCGCCGAGGGGGGCGAGGCUGGUGCCGUGCGGAUCCUCCAUCUUGACUUUGAACAAAUGCGCCAGUAUCUGGGGGCCGAGCGCGGGGAGAAGUUUGACUGUGUCUGGGUGUCCGAGGUCGUCUUCCACCUGCACGGGAGGAAGCUCUUCUUCGACUCGGCCUCGGCGCUGCUCGAGCCCGGCGGCUGCAUCGUCGUUGCCGACAUGUUCAGGACGGCGGAGAAGCCGUCGGCGAGUGCGCAGAAGGAGCUUGAUUCCAUAUCGCGCAACCACAUGUGCCCCCAGCUCGGCUCGGUAGACGAGUACACACAAAUGGCCAGGGAUGCGGGCCUCUCGCCGCGCCAUGAGCCGAUCAACAUUACCAAGAGCGUGGCGAAAACGUGGGAUACUACCUUGCCAUUAGGGUCAUUAUUAUAUGCCAUAUCUCAGGGGAGGGAUUCUAUUGGGUAUUUGCGGGGAAUGCGGUCCAUGAAGCGGGCAUACAGCCAUGAGACGGCUAGUUAUACUAUUCUAUGCUAUGAGAAGAAGCCUUGA